AUGUCUCAAUCGCUGUUUAAGAGACUGAGCGAGGAGGAUCAGGACGAGUACUAUGAGUUGUUUGGUGAAAUUGUCAUGUGUAAACCGCAUUUGGCAACGGACCUUGACCUUAUACGGUACAAUAUCAACAACGGGACACAUGUGUAUAUAAGAGAAGCUCCGAGAGUGAUAUCAGGGUCCGGGACCACUGGGCUACGUACUUGGGAAGCAGCGUUGUUCAUGUCAAACUGGCUGUUAUCAACGUAUUCGCAGGAAUUGGUGGGUAAACGUGUAUUGGAGCUGGGAACUGGAACAGGGCUCGUCUCAUUGGCAUUGCUUAAGGAUAGAACUGAGGUAAGCUCGCUGACGAUAACAGACGGUGAUUCCAAUCUGAUCGACUCAUUGUCAACAAACUUCAAAUUGAACGAAAUACCCUAUCCUUCGCCAAGAAUCAAUUGCCAUUCCCUCUGGUGGGGUCAGGAUGACGUUCCCUCGUCAGACGUCAUCCUCGCUGCUGAUGUCACCUACGAUUCAAGCGUUAUUCCUUCUUUGGUACAGUGUAUAAGCGAUGGGUUUAGAAAUGGAGCCCAAAUCGCACUUGUUGCUGCAACUGUGAGAAAUGAGGAGACAUUAAGAGCUUUCGAAGAAGAAUUGAACGCGCAGCGUAUUCGUUGGAGUAUUGUCGAAGAGUGUAAAGACCCAUCGCAGUUGGCUCAAACCGUUUGGUAUCCAAAGGUGAGUCCUGAAAUCAAGCUUUACGGUCUAUAUAACGAUAAAUAG